AACGGAAAGAAAUUUUGCCCCUAUAAAUAGCUGAUGCUUGGGCAGGGUAGAGCAUAGUUCAAAUCUGCACAGCGUCCAGUACUGAGUUAUAAUUCUUCAAAAUGAAACUGUUCAUCGUUGCUCUGGCCCUGCUCGCCCUGGUUGCUGCCCAAGACGACAAGUACACCACCAAGUACGACAGCGUCAACAUCGAUGAGAUCUUGAAGUCCGAGCGCCUGUUCAAGAACUACUAUGCUUGUCUUAUGGACACCGGUGCCUGUACUCCAGAUGUCAACGAACUGAAGCGCGUCCUGCCCGAUGCCCUGGAGAACAACUGUGCCAAGUGUAGCGAAAAGCAGCAGACCGACAGCACCAAGACCAUCAAGUACCUGACCGAGAACAAGCCAGAGGAAUGGAAGGCUCUGAAGGCCAAGUACGACCCCGACAACAAGUACGUCGAGAAGUACGUCGCCGAUGCCGACAAGGAGGGAAUCAAGCUGUAAAUUGGGACAAAUCCUGAGGUGAAGACUGAACUGAAGAUUGAUGUGUAAUCGACCUACUGCUGUGAUAUUGAUGAAGAUAUUGUGUUUCGCUAUAAAUCAACCAUGACACCGAUCAACUGUAGUUCUGUUAAAUCCACAGUGCAGAUGAAAAUCAAGUGACAAUAAAUGGAUUUCGGUAACUAAAA